UCGAAAAAAAGCAACAGCGUUAAAUCAAAAAAUAAUAAUGAAACAACGGAAUUUUUUGCGGGGAAAAAGCCAUCGCGGAAAAUCGCUCUCCAUUCGUCAACGGGCCGUUAGCCCACGCGGAUCUCCCAGAGUGUUCCGUCAGUGUUAAGAAACGGUGAAUUGGUGAUUAACGGGGCCGAAUUAUUGGCAGUGUGUGGCAAGCUAGGUUUACGACCAGCUGCGAUGAAUGUGAUACAGUUUAAACUACCAGAUGGAUUUCAACCGAAGUCGAAAGUCUACCGGAGGAGAAAGAUAUCCCGCUGCGUGUGGAUCUCACCGGAUACGCUGUUCACACUGUGCGAGGUUGUGCUCCGGAAGCUGCUGCUGCCGGUCGUUCCACGGCAAAAGUUCUGGUCCACCGUUAUUUCCAUAUUGCCGUACGAAACUGCCCGCAGCACCGUCUGGCAUCAGGUGCAAUGUCCGUGGGAUUUCAACCGACAUCAGCGUACCGUCGUCAACUAUAGCAACCACUGGACGCUCCUAUCGGCCAACGUCCAGCAUCGGAACCCGGUGGCGUCGAAUAUUCGCAUCGGCUCACUGGUCCGGAACAAAAUUACUCAAUUGCUGCUGGAUUUGGACUACUGCAGUAGCAGUGGCAGCGACGGUGGCAUGCCCCAGGGUUUCCACCAGCCGGUACGGUUCGAUUCGCCCGUCCAGGACCCGUUCGAGCAGGAGGAAGAGCUUACCGACCAGUUUGUCGCCCGGUCUGCGGCGGCCAACAUGCAAGCCUCGUCGGCAGAAGUGCAUCCCGAGGGUUCCAGGUGCAACUGCUGCUGCAACUGUGGACACCGUAGCGAUUGUAAAAUAUCACCCAUCACGACGAACAAAGAACAGGCCGUCCAGCAGCUCAUAGUCAUGGGCCAGGGAACGACACGCGGUAGUUGUCAGGUACAAAUUAAUGAUUCAAUUCCCUGUGGCUGCUGUCAGGCGAAAAUGUAAUCUUUCACCGCGUGACCAUACGAAACGAAGCCAAUUCUCUCCGUUUGCUGCUCUGAUGUGUCUGUGCACGCUUACGCUAACCUAAA